AUGAGUGGCCGUAAUGUCGAAAGCACCAACGCUGAUUAUGACAACAAUUUCAAUUACAACAACUCAAGCCUCGGUGACCGUGGCAUCAAUAACAACAACAUCAGUAACCACAACAUCAAUAACCACAACAGCAUCACUGACAUCACGUAUGACAACAUCGCUCUAGAACAUGCAACUUACGAAAGUAUGAACGCCAAUGAUAACAUUGCUAUCAACCACUUCUACAAAAACCACCAUAUCAACCUCAGUAUCAUCAACGAUGCCAACAACAACAAUAAGAAUGACAUCAAUGACAUUAACAAAUCUGUCGGAAUUUAUGCUUUAGAGAAGAAAAUAGACUGUUAA